UUCCACAAUUUAAAUUUACACACAAGAUCAUCAAUUUUCUUAUGAGCUUCUUUUAUUUGGUAUUAACUUUAUAUAUAAACAGACAAUUUCCUUCAUGUGAGACCAACUUCAAGACUAACGACAACAACAUGCGACGACAACAAUUUAACCUCUUGAUUACUUCCUUGUUGUUAUGUUCAUGGAGCUUUGUUGUGACACAAGCUGACCCUGAAACACAUUUAAUCAACAAAGGUUGUAGUCAAUACAACGCGACCAACUUGUCCAAUUUCUACCAAAAUCUAAACACAACUUUGUCAGACUUGAAAUCACAGGUGGGGAAUAAAAACAAGCAUUUUGCAACGGCACAAUUAGCCAGGGGAGAAAACCCUGUUUAUGCUCUGUUUCAGUGUAGGAAUUAUCUCUCCAAUUCUGAUUGCUCCGCCUGUUUCCAAGUCGCCGCCGCACAAAUUCGUAAUUGCUCCGCUGGUUCCAACGGUGCUCGUGUCAUUUAUGAUGGUUGCUUCCUUAGGUAUGAGAGCAGUGGCUUCUUCGACGAAACAACUCAGCUUGGCAACGGUGUGAUAUGUGGAAAUGAGACAGUAAAUGGAGCCACUGCUCUUACUUCAGCUGCACAACAAGCUCUUCGUGAUCUACAAACAGCAACACCCAAAAUUCCUGGUUAUUAUGCAGCUACAAAGACACCAUUUGGAGGAAAUUCAAUCUAUGCCAUUGCACAAUGUGCUGAAACAGUCACUGAAAGUGGUUGUUUGGAUUGCUUGAAAGUUGGAUUCAACAAUAUAAAUAAUUGUUUUCCUGAUGCAGAUGGUAGGGCUUUUGAUGCAGGCUGUUAUAUCAGAUACUCUGAGGAAUCUUUCUUUGCUGAUAACCAGACUAUUGAUAUCACACCCUUCUUAAACCAAGGAGGUUCAAGUAAGAAGAGGGCCAUUAUUGGUGGUGUUGUAGGAGGUGUAGCCUUUGUUGUGAUCCUCCUUGCACUACUAUUUGUUUGGCUUAGGCUCAACAAGAAACCCAAGAGACUUCCUAUAGGUGACAUAUUGGGAGCAACUGAGUUGAAAGGUCCAGUUAUUUACAGAUAUAAAGAUUUGAAGUCUGCUACAAAAAAUUUUAAUGAUGAAAAUAAAUUGGGAGAAGGAGGUUUUGGAGAUGUAUACAAGGGAACUCUGAAAAAUGGUAAAAUAGUUGCUGUCAAGAAAUUGAUAUUAGACCAUUAUGGCAAGAUGGAUGGACAAUUUGAAAGUGAAGUGAAGCUCAUAAGUAAUGUUCAUCACCGGAAUCUUGUUCGACUUCUCGGAUUUUGCAGUAAAGGCCAAGAAAGAAUCCUUGUUUAUGAAUACAUGGCAAACAAAAGCCUUGACAGAUUCUUAUUUGGUGAAAAAACGGGUUCCCUCAAUUGGAUUCAAAGGUAUGAUAUAAUUUUAGGCACAGCAAGGGGAUUGGCCUAUUUGCAUGAAGAUUUCUAUGUUUGCAUCAUACAUAGGGAUAUAAAGACUAGCAAUAUUCUCUUGGAUGACGAUCUUCAACCUAGAAUUGCUGAUUUUGGUUUGGCAAGACUUCUGCCAGAAGAUCAAACUCAUCUUAGCACAAGAUUUGCAGGAACAUUGGGAUACACUGCACCAGAAUAUGCUAUCCAUGGUCAGUUAUCAGUGAAGGCUGAUACCUACAGUUUUGGUGUAGUAGUCCUAGAAAUCAUAAGUGGCCAAAAGAGCAGCGAGUUGCGAGAUGACCCUGAUGGUGAAUUCCUCCUUCAAAGGGCAUGGAAACUAUACGAGGGAGAAAGGCACUUGGAGUUGGUUGACAAGACAUUAAACUCAAGUGACUAUGAUGCAGAAGAAGUGAAGAAAGUUAUAGAGAUUGCUUUGUGUUGCACUCAAGCAUCAGCUGCAACAAGACCAACUAUGUCUGAAAUAGUAGUUCUACUCAAAAGCAAGAACUUGGUGGAGCAUAUAAGGCCAUCCAUGCCUGUCUUUGUUGAUUCUAACUUGAGGCCAAGGACAAACAAUUCUACCUUAGCUGCUUCCUCUACAUCUAAUGCUACUGCUUCUCCUUCUGUAUUAUCAGCUAGAUGAAUAUAUUAAAUAGGAUCAUGGAUUUCUCUUGUUAAGGGGUUUGAGGUUUUGAAGUUGAAAUGAAGACAUAAAUAAAGAAAAAGAAAGGACAGGAUUUUUGAGUAUGAAUUCUUAAAAAUUGUACAUUUUUCAAACAGAUAUCAAGUAUAUUGUAAUAUAGUACUACUAAGAUGUUAUUUCAUAUUAAAAAUGACUACUGAUAUGCUUAUUUAACUGUUUGAUUGAAUAGAAUAGGUGAUUUUGUUUAAAAGAAGCACUUUAGUGAAGAGGGAACUGGCUGGUGCAGGAGAUCUUCCACUGAAUAGUUCUUAUUUUGCAUGUUCUGUUAGUCCUAUUUUUCAAGAUGUGGAGUUAUUUUCUGAAGUAGUACAGGAGAUAUAUUUUUACUUUGAAGAAUCUCAGUCUGGAGGUAUAUAGCAUAAUCGACAUUAAUUGACUCGGCUUGAGUAAAUUAAUUUCGGUUAUGUUAUAUACAUAUGAAUGGAAGUCAUGCUGUCUCCUAUAAAGGCAGUCAUGGGGAGAGUUUAUAUAUCCUCAACCAUGUUCAGAUAGAGAAGAGUGUGUACAAGCAUUUGUUUUGUUUUGUGAGAUCAUUAGUGAUAUCAUUCUUUAGACUUCUUGAGUGAGAGUUGUUGGUGCGUUAAGUGUGAGAAGAGUCUCAUAUUGGACCAUUUGGAUCAAAUAUUAGAUGUUGUACAACGUAUAAGUGAGAUAACUCAUACCCCUAAUGCUUUUUAGGUUUUUGGUGAA